AUGCCUGUAGUUGUAAUGGAAAACAUUAUUGGUCUUUUGGAUUUCCGAUCAGUCCUUACCCUUCGCCAAGUUUGCCGUGAUUUCUGGAAUUUUAUCGAUGAUUUGAAGGAUUCCAAAUUGCCAGACUCUAAACUCAAAGGACUGACAUUAACAAUAGUUGAUCCAAAAUUCCUAGUAGAACUUAAUUUUCGUCCCAGAUUUUUCGCUUUUGAAACUGAUGAAAUUUCGAAAACUGAGCAAUGGAAAAUGGCCAAAGUUUUCGCAGAAGAUGUGAUUCAUCUCAAAGAAUGUUUCAUGAAAUCUUCAACUUUCAAAUAUUGUUAUCUGACAAUGAAUUCGCCUACAUCCGAAAUUGAAGAUUUUGUCAAAUUAUGGGGACCGUCGGAUGUUUCUGGAACGGAUGAAAAAUGGUAUUUUCGAAUGGUGAAUUCUGAUAUUUUGGUGGUCAGUGUCGAACUGGAGGACACAUGGCCAUAUCGAACAGAUUUCAAUUUAUUUCGUAAAAAAAUCAGUGAUAUUGAAUCUGAUAGAGUAUUUAUUCACGAUUGA